AUGGCCACACCAUUGAGCGGGACAGUGGUCAUCACUGGUGCCAGCGGGUCUCUGGGAUCAAAGAUUGCGUUGAAGAUCGCGCGGCGACAUCCCCUCUGUCACUUACUUCUCACAGCACGAGAUGUAUGGUCGAAGAAGGUAGAAGUCUUGUCAGAAGACAUCCGAUCACUUGGCCCUCGAUCUUUCGAGAUUGCCAAAUUAGAUCUUGCGAGUUUCCGCUCAGUCCGAAAGUUUACAAAGAGCACUGUCGACAGAGUCCGAACUGGAGAUAUACCAUCAAUACAACUGCUGAUCAACUGUGCAGCGAUCGUUUCAUUCAAAGCCGAUGCAUUCACAGAGGACGGUUUCGACUUAGUCUAUCAAACCAACUGCCUGGCACCAUUCUUGCUUACCAUAGAUCUCUUGGAAGCCUUCCGGUUGAGUGAUGGAGGUAAUGGAACCCGGGUCAUCAAUAUCGGUUGUUCUCUGAUGUCGCACGGCAAACUCGAUUACUUCGAUAACUACACGAGCAAGAAGAUCGACUCGCCGCUGGGAGUAGACGAAGGACUCAUUCGGUUCGGUAGUAGCAAGCUGUUGUUGAACGCUCUAAUGUACGCAUUGAGAAGGAGUCUGGCCAUGACAUCGAAGAUCGACCUUACCAUUUUCACACUCGAUCCCACGCGGACGUCGUACAGUAGCAGACAUGCCACCAAGACACCAGCGAAACCUCGCAUGAAAACCGGAUUGCUGCUUGCAAUUCCAUAUAUGACGCAGAUGUUCUUAAAGAACAUGAUCAACAGCGCCAGCAGAUCAGCAGACGCUGUUGUGAAAGUGGCCUUCGACCCAUUGAAGCACGAUAGGAUAGGAGAGGAGAAGUAUUUCGUGCUUGAGGAUGAAUAUUAUGUCAGGGACACGGUCAAGCUCACCAACGACCACGAGUUCAUGGAGAUGUUUCUGCGGCAAUCACUGAUGGAUGUGGGUGUGGCUGACGAAGAAAUCGUUUCUCCUGUUUUCCAACCAAGACAAACACACCUCCACCAAAGAAAUCGCAUACUCAAGCUGUUAGGCUUGGGCUGCGUCCUGACCUUUUUCGGAUUACUCAUCCUUCAUCCAUCCACACGAAAUCACCUUCCUCUUCUCGGAGUUGCGUCGCCCGCAGUGAAACACUUUGAGAUAGAGACACUACGGUAUUAUGAUUUAGAGACCGUGCAAGGGACGUCAAGGGGCUGGGAGAGGGAAGAACGAGUUCUUCUCUGCACUCCUCUGCGAGAUGCAGAGGAGCACCUACGAAUGUUCUUCAACCAUCUCAGGAAUUUCACAUACCCGCACCACCUGAUAGACCUCGCAUUCCUGGUCUCCGAUUCCAAGGACAAUACGGAAGGUCUUCUGACACAGCUACUAGAAGAAUUACAGGCGGAUCCGGAUCCCAAACAACCAUAUGGAGAGAUCUCAGUAAUUCAUAAGGACUUUGGGCAGAAAGUCAACCAGGACGUUGAAAGUCGGCAUGGAUUCGCAGCUCAAGCAAGUCGGCGAAAAUUGAUGGCUCAAGCGAGGAAUUGGUUGAUGUACUCUGCACUAAGACCUACGCACAGUUGGGUUUACUGGAGAGAUGCUGAUGUGGAGACUGCUCCUGUUACUUUGAUUGAAGAUCUGAUGCGACACGACAAGGAUGUCAUUGUACCAAAUGUCUGGCGUCCACUGCCUGACUGGCUUGGUGGAGAGCAACCAUAUGAUCUCAAUUCGUGGCAGGAAUCAGAAACAGCACUCGCCCUAGCAGAGACUCUUGACGAAGAUGCAGUUAUCGUUGAAGGCUAUGCGGAGUACGCGACAUGGAGACCUCAUCUAGCCUACCUCAGAGAUCCUUAUGGAGACCCGGACAUGGAGAUGGAGAUUGAUGGUGUAGGAGGAGUUUCAAUUUUGGCCAAAGCUCGUGUCUUCAGAGCUGGCGUUCACUUCCCUGCAUUCUCAUUCGAAAAGCAUGCCGAGACGGAAGGCUUCGGAAAAAUGGCUAGGCGGAUGGGAUUUUCGGUCGUUGGACUGCCCCACUACACGGUGUGGCAUCUGUAUGAGCCUAGCGAACAAGACCUGCAGCACAUGCAAGAAAUGGAAGCAGAGCGCAAUUCACGAGCACAAGAGGAAAAGGAACGGGAAGAGCGAAUGAAGAGGAUCAAGGAGGAGUUCAAAGACCCGAAUAGUCAAUGGGAGAAGGACAAGGCUGGUAUUGCAGAAAAGACGAGACAAGAGGAGAAGGCAGCAGCAGAGAAGAAGGUAGCAGCAGAAACGAAGGAAGCAGCAAAGGAAACGGCCGCGGAGGCAAAGGCAGAGCAAGCAGGGGAGAAGAUUCAAUCUCCCGAUACUGCUUCAACAUCCGAGGAGAGUGUCAAGGGAAAACGGCCGCUGGGUAAGAAAGCUUCCAGCGACUGA